AUGCCUAAAUAUUAUUGUGAUUAUUGCAAGUCAUAUUUGACUCAUGAUACGAGAAGUGUUAGAAAAUCUCAUUUACAAGGUAAAAAUCAUAUAAAAUAUUAUUGUGAUUAUUAUGAAUUUAAAGCAAAAGAAACAGGAGAAUGGAAACCACUGAAUUUAAUAUAUGAAAUCACAUUGGAUAAAUUGAAUAAAGGAGUACCUGGUGGUCCAGAUGAUAAAAAUUUAAUUUUAAAUCAAAAUGAUCAACGUAAAAGAAAUGAAGAUGCUAUGAUAAUUGAUAUGCAAUCAAAAAAUAAUAAUGAGGAUGAUGAUGAAGAAGUUAAUUUACCUCCACCUCCUCAUUUCACAGGUUUACCAAAUCCACCUCCAUCUGUAUAUAAUAAUACCAGAGAGUAUCAGAAAGCCAUGUUUUUACAAAUGAGGCAACAACAUUAA